CAUAGCAGCUAUCCCAGCUGCACCGCAUGUGUCCCAUGACCUUUCUCUUGAAACGUCAUUGAAGACAACGGGACACUAACCUUAAAAAGCGAGACGAGGAGGCACUAGUCACGUGAUAGGACUGCCCACGGCCUGCAGAGAAUUGUCUCUUAUACGUGGUGUCUAGGAGACUAACGGCAGAUUAGUCAGUGUCAUCACGAUUACCGUUUGGGAAAAGAAAGGCUUGCUGAAGGUCAGCGAAAAUGCACCUUCAUUUGUCCUCUCUUCUGCUUGUUGUCUUUUACUGGACGUACAGUCAAGGCCAGACUGAUCACUCAAAAAUUCCCCUGGAACACCAGAAAUAUAUGAACUGUGUAAGGGAGAUGCUCAACAACGAGACACAAUUGUUCUUGAAGUGGGGCGUCGGUGGAACAUUUCGCGACAAUAGAACUAUUUGCUGGACGUCCAACAAAUCUACACCAUUGGAUUUGGGAUAUCAGCGUCGCGAACGAUUCUACAACACGGUGGAGACUCAAAAUUGCUGGCAAGACAGGGACACUACUUACUACGUGGGACCAGUCAACUUCACCCCCUCAGUUGUUGUGCAAGCCAAAAAGAAUGGAAUACCAGACCCAGAAGUCAGCGGCACGUUCACGAUAUUCUUUGCAACACCUCAAUGCUUCGUUAUGGGUAUAUUAGAAGAUUCCGCCUCUCCACAGGCUGGGAAUUCCACACGACCACUCACAGAUAACUCAACAUGCCUACUCUGGGCACAAAGACAUGGUAACGAAACGGUAAAGAAGCCGUGCGAGGAUGCAUUCGAAUCAAACUGUAGUCGUAUAGCAGGCACAAAGUACAAACGGGGACAUGAUCAGUGCAAUUUAACCGACAUUACGGAAGGCUAAGAACUUUCAUAAUAUCCUGAUUCUUUGGUGCUUGCUUAGUUGAAAGCAUUGGAUAAUGUUCCCCAAGUGUUGCUGCGAGUCUGAUCGCUGCCUUAGCUGCAAUAAAAAGAAUAUUCUCUGCAAA